AUUGUACAGAAACAGUCAGUGCAGAAUAUCAGAACUUCUAUUACAAAUUAACAAUUAUCUUUAGGGCUAUGAUGUUUCCCAUUCAGACAAGGCUAGCAAUUGACACAGGAGAAUGUGCCAGCACUGCAGGAGUUAACAAGUAGUACUAGAGAGUCUCUGGCAGAGCUCCCACAACUCACACAACAGGAAUGUUACCGGGAAAGCCUCACAACAACUGCACAAACAAGACUUGUUGUGUCGAAAUCACUAGCACCCCCUCCCACUCAGGAAAUGGAAGCGCUCAUAGUCGAGUUACCUGCUGAGGAGACUGUUACUCUUUCCAUGUGACGGCUGCCCAAUACCGGCCCCUGCAGCUGUACUAGAAUUCCACUAUGCACCCAUUUGCUUUUUUGGUUAUUCUGUCUGGACUGGCUACAUACAAAGCCCAACUUUGCAGGAAUGAAGAUGUAAAAUGUGACGAGGUUCAGUACGUGUUGAAUGGGGAGCCAAUUCGAUUGCCUUGUUGUGGGAACAUAAAUGACAGUUCUAACAUAACAUGGUUUAAAAAUGGUUCCCACAUACCAUUUAAUUCAGAUCCACAAUCAAGAAUCCAUCAAAAUAGAAAUGUUCUCUGGUUUUUCCCUGCAAGCUUAGAGGAUGCAGGAUGGUACACGUGUGUCCUUGGAGAUGUUACAUACUGCACCAGGCUGAUUGUUUUUGAAAAUGAGAAAGGCUUGUGUUAUAACAGAUCCACACUCUUCUCUAAUCGGCAGCCUUCGGGAGCCACCAAAAUCAUAUGCCCAUAUGUAUGGGACUAUGUUGACAUCUCCAAGGCUCAGAUCAAAUGGCUUAAGGAAUGCCAGCCUUUGCAAAAUGAUAAGUAUUAUGCUUUGGCUGAUGCCCUGACCAUACAGAACGCUGUCAAGCAAGAUGAAGGAUUAUAUACUUGUGUUGUGCAGUUUGAGUACAGUGGGACAGAGUAUUCGUUGACUCGAACUAUGGAUGUGAACAUUACAGUAGCGGCAGCUUCUCAUGUACCAUUUAUGCGAAAUCCAAGAAACACUAUUGAGAAAGUGGAGUUAGGAUCUGCCAUAAGCCUCAGAUGCGAAGUGAUCUAUGGUGACAAAAAUUUUAUGUGGACGUACAAUGAUUCUGCAGUUGAUGAGGUCUAUGAUUCUGUUAAAACUGGAUAUUUCAAUUCUUCCAUGACAGAGGACAGAGAACCAAUGGUGUAUAGAUAUCUGAACUUUUCAGAGAUUAAAGAAGAGCAUUAUAAUAAGAAGUUCUAUUGUGAAAUUCUAGAUACAAUGACGAAAGCUUAUGUUAUGCUACAGCGUCCAGAUCCUAAUUUGCAGCCCUUUUUGAUUGCAUUUUUUGUAUCAUUGAUUUUCGUCAUUAUCAAUAUUGUAAUAGCCAUCAAGAUUUUUAAAACGGAUAUUGUACUUUGGUAUCGGAGUUCCUGCUUUGCUGGAAAAAAUAAAAAAGAUGGAAAGCUCUAUGACGCUUACAUUAUGUAUCCAAAAAGUCUGAGUGAAACCACCUCCAAACCCAUAGACGUCUUUGUACUAAAGGUGCUGCCUGAGGUCCUAGAGAAGCAGUUUUCAUAUCGACUUUUUAUAUUUGGACGAGAUGUAUUACCAGGGGAAGCCGUGUCUGAUGUUGUUGAUGAAGCCAUCUCCCAGAGUCGAAGGCUGGUCAUUGUUCUGGGAAGCACUCAGUCCAAAAACUAUUUAAAGGAUGACUUUGAGCAGCAAAUCGCAAUGUACGAUGCUCUCAUUCGGAAUAAAAUUAAAGUGAUAUUAGUUGAAUUAGAGAAAGGCAUGGAAUACUCCAAUAUGCCAGAAUCCAUCCAGUACAUCAAACAAAUGCAAGGUGCCAUCCGAUGGAAAGGAGAUUUCAUGCAGUCAAACACAAAGUUCUGGAAACAUAUGAGAUACUAUAUGCCCCGAGCUGCAGCACUCAGACACCAAAACUCUGAAUAAGUGCUGAUGCUACUGUGGAACUGCAUUAGUUUUCCCACAUAUGGGAGCAUUUUAUAAGGCUCUGAUAAUCAGAGUUAUUAAAAGGAGUUGUUCACCUUCCAAACAGUUCAGUUGUUUUCAGAUUGUUCCCCAGAAGUUUUCAAUUACUUUCCUUUAUUUAUUUAUUUACUGUUUUUCCAAAAUCUAAGUUUAAAGUUGAAUGUUCCGGUCUCUGGUGUUUGAGUCUGGCAGCUCAGUAAUUCAGGUGCAGAUUCUAAAUGAAUACAGCUAAAAUUAUAUACUGAACUGAAUGUACCAGCCUAAAGACUCAGCAUCUCUAUGGUAGUAAUGAUCCAUCUCAGCAUCUCUAUACUAGUAAUGAUCUGAGUGUCAGUGACACUCAGUGGGCUCUGAGCAGCUGUUGAGAAGCUAAGCUUAGGGGAUGUAAAUCAUCAAGCAGAAAAUGAGGUUUGCCUGGCAUAUAAACUGAAGCUACAGGUAUAAUUUUUAAAUUCUGAUGUUAAUUGUGCAGGUUUCUAAGCCACCAAUAAUCUGAAUUAUUCACUAAUCAGCCUUGUAUUGUUAUUUUUCUAUUGUAUAUUUUAAGUAUAUUGUGUGUUGAUCCCUAAGCUCAGAUAACUUUCAGCAACACAAAUGAUGCUCUGGGAAUCAGCACAAAAGAAGAUGGGGAGCUACAGGGUCAUGUUUGGAGACACAGAUCUUUACUGCUAAAGGACUGUGGUUGCCUUGGGCUGGUAAAACAUAAUGUACAACAUUUCUGCCCUUCAACAUGAAGCUGUUUAAGUGUACAGAAAAGAAAAUCAGUCAAAGAAACAAUAUAUUUAAAUAUGACACCAUGGGACACAGCAUAGCAGCAUUUUGUUAGUCUCAGUAUUGGUUUAAAAAUAAUAGAUCUGCUGCCCAUAGUUCAAUAUCUAUUGGAGCAGGGAAAUGCUGUUUUACAUUCAUUACUAAUGCUUUAUUAAUGAGUGCAAUGCAACAUUUGUUUAACCAAACAUCUAUAUAUAUAUAUAUUAUAACUGAUAAG